AUGGCAAAAUCAAAAAAUCAUACAAAUCAUAAUCAAAAUAAGAAAGCACAUAGAAAUGGUAUCCGUCGCCCAAAGAUUGGAUGCUUUUUGUCUUUGAAAUAUGUAGAUCCAAAGUUUCGAUUAAAUAGAAAAUAUGCUGUACGUGGGACUUGUAGGGCAUUGAGAAAAACACAUGUUGUGUGUACGGCUAUGGAACAUACAUUUUCCAGAUUGCUGAAGGAUAUAGCUGUGCAAAAACGAGUCUCUUGUUCCACUAUUCUUCAUAAAUACUGUUGUGUAGAAUAG